AUGGCGCGGAUCGAGGAGCAAUAUGGCGAGACGGAUGACGCCGACGGGGUGGAGCGGUACGACGAAAAGUACGAGGCGCCGACGCUCGAUACCUUCAACACCCUCAACACCCUGGCCCCUACUCACGACUCUAAUGGCGGCGUGACCCCGACUAAUCAGCGGGCGGAGGCUAACCGUCUCAACGACGACCUUGAGUUGCUUCGCGCUGAGCGUCUGGUCUCUAACCAAGAGCACGACCAAGCGUCCAGGGCCCGGACGAGGAAUAGGCAUCACAGUCCCGAGCCUGAGGAUGCUUUCAACCAGCACAACGCGGAACCGGUGCCCAUCCAGAGGAAGAACACGGAUGCCGCUCUCUACAAGUUGUGGCUCUUCAUCAGCAAGUUUCCGCGAUUCUUUCGGUACAUCAUCUACCUCAUCCCGGGCGCCGCCCUACUCCUCGCCCCUGUCUUGCUCGGCACGUAUAGAUUCAAUGGCACCGAGCACGCCGUGGGUGGCACGGGCGGCGUCUACGUGAUGUGGUUUGGCAUCUGGCUGGAGAUUGUGUGGUGUUCACUCUGGGUGACGCGCAUGAUUACGAAUCUGAUGCCGCCGAUAUUCCACGCUGUCGCUCGAAUGGUCGGGUCGACCAAUGCCCCCAAGUGGCGGGACAUUGGACAGCGUCUCGAGCUUCACACGGCCAUGUUCCUGUGGUUUCUGGCCAUCCUCAUCUCCUUCAAGCCGACCAUGGACAGCCAUCGCGCGCCCGUCCCGGACGGCGAGUCGGGAAAAGUCCACAUACACUGGAUCAGCGUCGUCAACAAAGUCAUCAUCUCGCUGUUCGUGCUGGCGACUCUCAACUUUGUGGAAAAGAUUCUCAUUCAGUGGAUCGCCCAAAGCUUUCAUCAGCGCACGUAUGCCACCCGCAUCGAAAACAACAAGGCAGACAUUCGCCAGCUGGUGUGCCUCUUUGAGUAUGCAAAGAAACGGCUUGAAAGCACCGACACCUUCUGGAAGGGCAGCGGUGGAAAUGCCUCUGGCAGCGGCUUGCAGACGCCCAUGAGGGCUUUGCACAACAACGCCCUGCAUGUGCUGGGCAAGGUUGGCCAUGUCGCGAACCGAGUUGGCAAUGAUAUCCUGGGCCGGAAAGGGGCUGACAACAACCAUCCUCGAAAGAUCGUGGCCGAGCUGCUGCGGAACACUGCGUCGGCGCACACCCUUGCACGGCUCAUCUACCGUAGCGUGGUGCGCGAGGGCCGCGAAACGGUGCAUCUUGAGGACCUGCAGGUGGCCUUUGAGAGCAUGGAGGAGGCUGAGGCGGCCUUCAGCAUGUUCGACAAGGACCUCAACGGCGACAUUUCCAUGGACGAGUUCGAAGCUGUGUGCAACGAGAUCCAUCUGGAGAAGAAAGCUAUCGCCGCAUCUCUCAAGGACCUCGAUUCCGUGAUCAAGAAGCUCGACAAGGUAUUCCUUUUCCUCAUUGUUGCCAUCGCCGUCAUCGUCUUUGUCGCCAUCUUCUCCGAUUCGACAGCCGCCGGCCUUGCGUCCGCGGGCUCUUCAAUCCUCGGCCUAGCAUGGAUGCUGCAGGCGACGGCCCAGGAGUUCCUGCAGUCCAUCAUCUUUGUGUUUAUCAAGCAUCCGUUCGAUGUGGGCGACCGGGUCACCAUUUACGGCAACACGGGAGCGACACUGACGGGCGACGACUAUUAUGUCACGGAGAUUUCCCUGCUCUAUACCGAAUUCAAGAAGAUGCAGGGCCACAUAGUUCAGGCACCAAACUCCCUUCUCAACACCCUCUUCAUCCUCAAUCAGCGGCGUUCCAACGGUCUAUCGGAUGUCAUCCCUCUCGAGAUGCGAUUCGGCACGCCGGCUCACAUGAUUGACGAUCUCAAGGCCAGGAUGCUGGAAUUUGUCAAGAACAACAAGCGGGACUACCAGCCGAGCAUCAUCACCGAAAUGACGGGCUUCAACCAAGUACGAUCAUGCACCAUGAACAUGGUCUUCUUCCACAAGAGCAGCUUCCAAAACGAGCUUCUUCGACUGAACCGGCACAACAAGUUUGUCACGGAACUCAUGUAUCAAAUGGUUCAGGUGGGCAUUGAGGCGCCGCUGCGGGUCGAUCCUGGUGGCAGCCGCGAGCAUCCUAUGUACUGGGCAAAUCUGCCCGCACCGGCCGCAAACAAUGGCAACAACGAUGCUACGCCUCAGGGCCGUCCUCGAGCCACCUCUAGCACGCGCAGUGUCCGCAGCGUGCCGAAUCAGGAGCCUGUCACGGGUGGGUUCCAAGACGUGUUUGAGAAGCGACGGGAGCACGUCCUCAUGCAGAGAAUGGCCAGCAUUCGAGAGAAGGAGAGGGGGCUCCAGGAGGAGGAAGAAGCUGCUGCUCGUGCGUCUAGCACAGGAUUAGCCCCGGUCACGUCGGCCGACUCUCAGGCGCAGUCGCGAUCUCGCAUCUUUGGACGCGCACGAAGUGGAACGAGGAGCGCCCAGAGCAGGGACAUGGUCUGA